AUGAGCAGCACGAAGGAAAACCUAGACGCAGACAGCAAGAGUCUCCUACUGGUUGAUGAAUCCUAUUCGGAGAAGCUGCCUACCCUAUUCGAUGGAUUUAGAACUGUCUUUGGCUAUAAUAACUACAUUGUGGACGAUGGGUCUGGGAAAUCACGAAUUAGACGUAUUCUCGAAACAUAUUUGCCAUUUUUGAACUGGUUGCCAAGAUAUAACUGGACAUGGUUUAUUGGAGAUCUCAUUGCAGGUGUCACGAUCGGAGCGGUUGUUAUACCCCAAGGAAUGGCUUAUGCCAAGCUUGCCAAUCUGCCUCCACAAUUUGGUCUUUACUCUGCCUUUGUUGGUGUCUCAAUAUACUUUUUCUUUGCUACAAGUAAGGACAUCACUAUUGGACCUGUCGCUGUGCUCUCCCAACUAGUUGGAUCAAUAUUGAUACAAGUCGCAGUAACGAAUCCUGAAUACUCUGGCAUCACCGUGGCAGCCACUAUAUCUGUAAUCUCUGGUAUCAUAGUCUUUGCCGUUGGAGCUCUAAGAUUAGGGUUUUUGGUCGACUUCAUACCCCUGCCUGCCAUUUCUGCAUUCGUGACUGGAGCCGCACUGAAUAUCGGAAUAGGACAGUUUCCAGCACUUGUUGGUAUAAGUUCAUUGUUUGAUACAAGAGCAGCUACGUAUCAAGUGUUUAUCAACUUCUUCAGGUAUCUUCCGAAUGCUACUCUGGAUGCAGCUUUGGGUGUAUCAGCUCUCGUGUUGCUGUACCUGAUACGUUUCUUCUGUGGAUUAAUCGGCAGGAGAUACCCAAAAUACGAAAGAAUAACCUUCUUCAUCUCCACCCUUCGAUCCGUAUUCGUGAUACUGCUAUACACCAUGAUCUCAUACCUCAUCAACCGCGGCCUGACAAAAUCACGAACAACUAUCCUCGGUACCAUACCAGCUGGUCUUCAAAACGUUGGUGUACCAGCCAUAGAUUCCAAACUCAUCUCCAUAAUAUCACCAUACUUGCCAAGUGUGGUCAUUGUCAUGCUGAUUGAGCACAUCGCUAUCGCAAAAGCGUUUGCCAGACUCAACCAAUACACCAUAAAUCCAUCGCAAGAGUUGAUUGCUAUAGCUAUUGCCAAUAUCUUUGGACCAUUCUUUGGGGCUUAUCCUGCUACUGGAUCGUUCUCGAGAACUGCUAUUAAGGCUAAAGCUGGUGUACGAACUCCUUUGGCUGGUGUUAUAACGGCUUGUGUUGUUAUCUUGGCUAUCUAUUUGUUGCCACCAAUGUUUUUCUAUAUAUCGAAUGCUGCUCUCGCUGCUGUUAUUAUUCAUGCUGUUGGUGACUUGGUUUCUGGUCCAAAGAUGCUGAUGGAAAUCUGGAAGGUUGAUCCAGUCGAACUGGUUGUGUUCUUCAUUGGUGUAGUGGUCAGUGUCUUUACUACCAUCGAAAACGGUAUAUAUGCCAGUAUUGGUGCAGCAGGUGCUGUAUUGCUGUACCGUAUGGCCAAUCCACGAGGAGUCUUCCUUGGAAGAAUCAAGACCUAUCACAUAAAUCCUGAAACUCCAGAAGAAGCAACAACUCCACACUUUGUAUGGGUACCUCUGGAUCACUCAGGAUCUCAUCCAAGUGCUGUUAUUCAACCACCACCAGCUGGUGUGUUUGUUUAUCGGCUGACUGAAGGCUUUGUAUACCCAAAUGCUAGCAACGUAUUAGACCGCCUCGUAGCAUAUCUAAAAGCCAACACCAAACCAGCCGUCAACAUAAAAACAAUCGGUGACCGACCAUGGAAUGAACCAGGACCACGUCACGAUAUAUCCUCAUCCUCAUCCGACAAACCAACCCUGCACGCCGUCAUCAUCGACCUCACAGGCAUAUCCCGAGUAGAUUUCACAGCAUCUCAAGCUCUCCUAGACGUCCGUCGAACACUAGACAGAUACGCAGGCCACCCCGUCGAAUUCCAUUUCGUUGGUAUCUCUUCUGGAUGGGUGAAACGAGCUCUCGUCGCUACAAACUUUGGUGGUAGUGUCGUCAAUAUCCCUAUGGAUACCAAUAUGCCUCAGUUUACGGUUGCUGCUCAAAGUGUUGAAGGAGGUGACAAGCUGGUGCCGAUAUCGGAUACGAGUAGGCCCAGCUUCCAUAAUAAUAUCGAUGAUGCCGUUGCUGCUGUUGAACGAUCGUUGAGGCAUAGUGACGGGUCGCAAAAGUCGAAUUCCUUGCAUUCGGUGGAUAAGACGGAUGACACUCUAGUGUGA